CACUCCAUACCUAUCUACGACUUUGCCCAAAUUUUGGCACCGCUUUUGUUAGCAAAUCGACGCCUACAAAUUCGCGGUCUAUUACAUAAAAAAAUGGUGUUCAAAUACACUAUGUAACCUUAGGCCAUAUCGGAGUUCUCCGCACUUACUCCGUAGUCUUGAUGAGAAAGUUCCCAGUGGCUCCAUAUGGUGGGGAAUAUGAUAACAGAGCCAAGACUGUAGGAUUUCCCAUCCCACACUUUCUGUUGCCUUUCUAACUAUCAACUUCUACAACGCUUUGGUCCAAGAAAGCACCGCUCAUUUUUGUUGGCCUUGUCAAACAUUGAAUCCUCAUAAGACUGAGUUCCUCCAAUCAGCCCAUCAUGGCCCCGAAAAAGAUCAUCGUCGACACCGAUCCUGGCAUCGAUGACAUCCUCGCACUCCUUCUUGCUUUAUCUGCACAGCCUGAAGAGGUCGAAUUGCUACUCAUCUCUCUGACCUUUGGCAAUAUCGAAGUGAGGAGCUGCCUCCGUAAUGUCGUCUCCAUGUUCCACAUUCUGGAGCGCGAGAUGCAAUGGCGUCGUGAACAGGGCCGGCCUGAAGGAUUUGGCGCUCUGCGCGCCUGUCGACCGGUCGUCGCCGUUGGGGCCGAGGACCCUCUAGAGGAUCAGAAGAUGUUGGCCGAUUAUUUUCAUGGAACGGAUGGUCUUGGGGGCAUUCAUGCUAGCCAUCCGCACUUCACUCCAAAGGAAACCUGGGAGCAUAUGUUCGAUCCCUCGGCGGACCCCACCGUUAUCGAGCCUAUACGCACUGGAGACUCGGCACAUCGAUCCUUCAUUGCCUCCAAGCGGCCCGCGCACCAGGAGAUCCUCCGCGUACUACGCGAGAACGAUCCCGACACCGUCACCCUCGUAGCUGUCGGUCCGCUGACCAAUCUGGCCCUCGCUUCCGCGGAGGAUCCCGAGGCUUUCCUGCGGGUCAAAGAAGUAGUAGUCAUGGGAGGAGCAGUCAAUGAACCGGGCAAUGUCACACCCGUUGCCGAGUUCAACGCAUACGCCGACGCAUUCGCCGCGGCGCGCGUCUUCGCCCUUACCUCCCCGAACCCCAAAACCACCAUGCCAUCCGGCGCCACCCUCCCCUCCUACCCCGCUAAACUAAGCAAACAGCUCACACUCCGCCUCUUUCCGCUGGACAUCACGCACCGCCACGGCAUGACCCGCGGCCUGUUCCGUCAAACCGUCACACCCCACCUGGAAGCCGGCUCGCCGCUCGCGGAGUGGAUGUCGGCCUUUAUGGCGCACACGUUCCGAACCAUCGAGAGCCUUCACCGGGACCAGGUUGGCGAUGCUGUUGAUCUCAGCCUGCACGAUCCCGUCUGUGUGUGGUACGCGUUGACCGCUGAGGAUGCGGGCUGGAAGCCCUCCGAUGCCUCGCCUGAGGAUAUCCGGGUUGAGACGACGGGCCAAUGGACGAGAGGCGCGUGCAUCGUCGACCGACGCCCCCGGCAGCGCCUCGAAGGAGAGGAGGAAAGUGCCAGCGACCAUGGCCAUUGGUUGAGCACGAAGGCUGGAAAUCGUAUCUGGAGAAUGGACGGUUCGCCUGCGGAGAAGAACUUUGGCGCGAUUCUACUGGAGCGGAUAUUUCGGUGAUUCCGUCGUUAGAACUGAAGCAUGCACCUUUCAUUAGAGCAAAUAGAUGCAUCGGGAAUCUCCGAUAGAAUAGUACAUAUCCAGUAGAC